GAUUUCUAAUACAUGGAAUACUCAUGAACACAUAUCAAAUUCUAAUAUGCAGCCAAUUUUGUUGCCGAGAUCAACAAUAAGUCUGGAUAAAGAUCAUGUUACUUAUCCUAAAGAUAAUGGUAUAUUUUUUAAUAAUGCUACUAAUUUGUCAUCAAACAAUGAAUUGUCGAGUAAAAUUGUUGAUCAAGAUUUUGCUUCUAAAUAUAGGGACAGGUUUGGAAGUUUAGAUAGACGACAUACCAGAAGUUCUAGCUCUCGAAGUAACAGUAGUAUUGAUCACGAACCUCCUGUUGUACCUAUGCCACAUUAUUCAAAUCCUCCACAUAUUGCAACCACAGUUUUACUACCGAAUCAAAUGUAUCCAGAAAAUAGUUUAAUGAGAACACAUUCUCUGGGAAAUAUUAAAAAUGAAAAUCAGCAACAAACACAAAAAGGGUUUACAGAUUUGGACCAAGUAUCAUUAGUAGCUGAAAAUAGAAAAAAUUCAGAAAAAAAAUGGCUUGAAACAUCAUUGGAUAGUAGUAGUGUUGAAUCUGGACCAAUAUUAACACAUGAUUUACCACCUCCAAUCAAAUUGCACACACCCCCUUUAAUACCACAGCAUGAUAAUAAACAUCAACAUUCGUUUGAGCCACUUGUUAACCAUUUUGAUAAUGUUCCAUUUGAAUCGCCCAAAAAUCACACAGUUGUUCAAGUUGGAAAAUGGCAACCAUAUCGUGAAGUAACCAAGCCAUUUGAAAUGUCUGAUUUUUAUAAGUAUAGUACACGGUUUCGAAAACCAUCUGGAAAUUCUAGUAAUACAUCAUCGGAAAUGGUUCAAAACACUAACCCUUCACCAUCACCGCCCCCACCACCACCACCGCCAGUUCCACAAAAUAAAGGAAUUUAUCAACCUCUAAAACCUCUUAAUUGUCAUCCACUAGCACCUCCAAAUAUGUCAGUAAUGGAGGAAACGGUUUGUCCUAUUGAUUCGUUUGAACCUAAUAAUGAAUUAUGUUUGGACGAAAGUGUAUUCGCUAAUGAAAUGUUGUCUUGGUAUCAAGAUGAGGCUACUCCCCAGUCUAGGACUGCAACAUUGGUUUAAUUAUUAUUAAUCAAAUAAUUAAAAUUCAUUAUUAUUACACGCUAAUAUGGUUAAUUUUUUAUUAUCAGC